ACGAUCAACGACGACGACGACGACGACUGCAAGAGAAAAACAAUGUCUUCUUUUCAGUUCUUGGUCUUGCACGAGGUCGCGCUUUCUUAUUUAUUUUUCAAACACAAUCUCCUUUCCCCACCUGCUACCUCGCACCAAUCUUCCUUCGAUGCAAUGCACAUCCACAGCAUCUCGUUGCUUCUACAUAUCCAAAUCCAGUUUCCCCUCUCCAGACGCCGCCGUCGCCUCUCUCGUCGCCCCACGCCGAUGCUCAGACCCAUUGUUGGGCGACGAUAAUCCCGCGGUGUUCUUUGCCUCUUUGGUAGCAGAAGAUCCAGAGCCUGGAUUUGGCAAGUCAGAAUAAGUAAUUUCGGAAGUGCAGCUGAUCGUUUCUGUGCGGCUCUGAGCUCUGCCAUGGUACCUGAAGAUACAAAGCUCCUCCUCUGGUUGGUUCUGAUUAGCACAGGCAGCCUAUCAGCGUGUUGUGGCUCCUCCAACAAUGACAUCCGAUGCUUGAUGGCCGUCCAGCAGCUCCUGAACAAUCCCCAAGGCACACCCAACGACUCGCCGGCCUCUGACAGUGCCGCCGCGGGUGAUACUUCAUCCGGUCAGGGUGCGGAACGCUGGACAUCUGGCGCGGUCAUGUCAUUGCAUCUCGGCAGCAUGGGACUCAAGGGCCAGUUUCCCCAGGGCCUUGAGUUCUGUACCAGCCUGACCGGGCUAGACCUGUCAGGCAACGGCCUCUCAGGACCAAUCCCCCGAGACAUUUCGCGGCAGCUACCCUACGUGACAUACCUGGACCUCUCCAACAACAGCUUCUCCGGCGAAAUCCCGGGCAGCGUCUCAGGCAUGGCAUACCUCAACGUCCUCAACCUUGAGCGCAACCAGCUCCGUGGCCAGAUUCCGGAGCAGAUCGGCCACCUCGCGAGGCUAACCUCGAUCAACGUUGCGGACAACCUCCUGUCGGGCCCCGUUCCGGGCUCCCUCCGGUCGUUUCCGGCCGCCAACUUCACCGGUAACCAAGGGCUCUGCGGUGAACCUUUACGAUACUGCGAGCGGAGACAGGGAGGGGACGACGGCGCCGCCGUCGGUGUUGCGGUCGGGUUCGUCGUCGGGUUCGUGGUCGCCUUGUACUUCCCACGACUGUUCGUCUUCUGCGGGAAGCUGCAGCCUUACAUGUUUCGCGUAUGAUCCAAUUUUUCCCUAGUUUUUAUGUGUCUGUCUAUCGCUCUGCGGCAGUGGUUGAAGUGGAACGAAGCACUUGAAGCAACGUUGCUAGUCUACAUUAACUUUGACGGUUGUAUGUAUGACAUUUUUCCAUGAGCAGUCAGGCAUCAUGUUUCUGU